AUGGAAAAAGAAAAAGUGCAGAUGAAGAUGAAGAGCAGUGAUGAAAUAAGAAUUCUACUGAUUGGAAAAACUGGAGUAGGAAAGAAUGCAGCAGCAAAUACCAUCAUGAGCACCUUCGACUGGUUCUGGUCGGCCUUCAGGGGGUUGGGAAGAGUGCAGCAGGAAACACCAUUCUGGGCCGAGAAGGGUUUCAAUGAAUUUGACGAGACAGAGUCACAGAGUAAAAUCCCAGAGUAUUCUCUGAGUGCUCCAAGUGCCCCAAGUGAUGAGAUGGUGGAAGUAGAUGUUACUCAGAAUGAAACAUUUUGGAAAAUGGUGCACGGGCCAGAGCAGCAGAAUCCUUGUGAAGAGCUCAGGAUUGUUCUCUUGGGAAAGACUGGAGUUGGAAAAAGUGCCACUGGAAACACCAUUCUUGGUGAAAAGUUUUUUAAAGUGAAUUUGUCAUCAUCGUCUGUGACAAAGGUUUGCUGGAAAGCUGGAAAGAAUGUCAACAGCACAAAGGUUGCUGUUAUUGACACACCAGGACUGUUUGACCCCAGCUUUACUAUAGAGGAGAUGGUCAAUAGAAUUAAGCUGUGUAUUCCUCUUUCUACUCCCGGUCCACACGUCUUCUUACUGGUGCUUCAGCCUGGUCGCUUCACAAAAGAGGACAGAGACACCGUGGACAUCUUUCUUAAGAUCUUUGGAGAAGAUGCAAGUAAGCACGCCAUGAUUUUGUUUACACAUGGAGAAAAGUUUGAGGGUAGAAAUAUCCAAGAGUUCAUCGCUGGCAAUCCUGAUCUGAAGACACUCUUUGAGAAAUGCCAGAAGCGAUAUCAUGUUUUUAAUAAUGAGGACAAAGAUACCAUGCAGGUUGAUCAACUUUUUGAAAAAAUGCACAAGAUGAUUUCUGAGAACGGAGGGCACUUUUAUACCAAUGAAAUACUUGAGAAGGCAGAGAUUGCCAUUCAAGAGGAAACCCAACAAAUCUUAAUGGAAAACCAAGCGCAGAAGAGCAAAGAACUGGAGGAACUUAAAAUCAAAUAUGAAGCAGAGGCUCUAAAACAAGCCAUAACAGAGCUGUGGGAAAGAAAGGAGAGGGAGGCAAGAGAGAAAGCGGAGAGAAAUAACACAUUUCUCAAAAUAAUCGCAGAGUUUCUGUUCACUACUCUUGAAAAGUUCAUUAUGAGAAAACUUGGACAAAAUCAGUGAAUGGUUUGUACUUGUUGAUAACCAGUGUUUUUUUUCUAUUUAGAGACCUGUUCACAGCUUGUUGUAGUGUAUUUGACACUGAAGGCCGAUUAGGGGUAUUAAAAUUCUGUAUGUUUUGUAUGUUGCAUGGUGCCCAUUUUGGUAUAUUAUAGAAAGAUAUGUGUCAUGUAUUACUAUCACAAAUGUAGCACAUCUUUUAGUUUACUUAAAAUUAGCCAGCAGCUAAAGCAAACAUGGAUUGGCUAGCUGUGUUCCCAACAGUAGUUCUGGAAAAAUAUGAGCAGUGGAGGAUUCAAAGACAAACUUAUGUUCUCAGGAAUUUUUUCUUCACAUUUUUAAUAAUUAGAGUUAUGCAUGCCAUAACACUUACUUACUUUGCAAUAUGUCAUUUAUUGCUCAUAAAUGUGACAUAAACAAAGCCAUCCCAAGCCGGGGGGGGGCCCAGUGCGAGGUAGUGAGUGGGGGACCCCUCGGUCCACUCGUGAUUACGAAUCUCAUCAUGCCUUUUAUAUACCAUUUCUAAGAUUUAUUGACUAACAACACUUAGUUUACUCCAGUCUUCAAGGCUGUACUAUUUUUGAAAUAGGUUUGCUCACUCAGCAAUUGACUCUAUGAACAAAGCUGCACCAAGACCAUGUCAUCCGCAUAUUUAAAAAGACCAGCUUUAUUGCUUUUAAUUUGUAGGUCAUUGCUAUAUUGUAAGGUCUGUUUUGGGUUUUGUUUCUUGUUCAUUGUUUUCAUGUCUUUUAUUUUGUAGUUUGUGUCAUGCUGUUAGUGUCAUGCUUCCCUUGCCCUCUUGUCCUCAUGCUAUUGGUUCCUC